UUGCUAAAAUUUUGCAUUGACAAGCGUCAUAAAAGAAAGAAGUCAAGUAAAAAAUAACAGAGGAAGUAUAACUUUGAGCUGACGGAUUAGGUAAAAAAAAAAAAAAAAUGAACCAUAUGUCGAAUCCUAUUAGUAGUGCUAUUAAAAGCUAACACCUCAUUCCAUUCGUGAUCUCUACUUAUAGGGUUCUAAAUGAGUCACUUGGACAAUAGACACUUAAUAUAAUAUUGUUUCUACUAGAAAAUUACAAAGUGUUUAUUAUUUCAAUUAAGUAAAUAUAUUCAGUUCAAAUACUUUGUAAAAAGAGUUGUCCGAUUGAUCAAAUAUGUACCCACUCGGCCAAUCUAGGAUAUGUUCAUAUAACCAUAUGUAUAUAUUGAAGUACUUUGAAUAUAGUUCUUAUAACCAUAUGAAGUAGAGAAGUCUUGUAUUGGCUUUACAUCCAAGAAAUUUGGGUAACCCAAUAUUAAUCUUAAUAUCCACUAAAAACGUAAAAUGGAUGUCACAGAAUUACAGAAAUAAUGAGUCCAUAUCUAAGAUACCACCAUUUUUUGUGGGCACAAAAAAGACACAUAGCUUUAUAACAUUAAUCUUUUUAUUCAUCACCACCAAAAAAAAAAAAGAAAAGAAAAGGCAAAAUAGACCCUAUUCAAGCUCACUCUAAUGGCACAAACCCACUAAGCCCAGAAAAUCUAUAAUUUUCCCAACCCGAAAAACCGAAAAAAAAAAAAAAAAUCAAGAAAUGCCAAUUUUAAAUGUAUCAUCUUUAGGAGUAGGCUCAUUAACAAACCUUUGCUUUCAUUCACAAAAUAUAGCCAAUGAUUCAAUUACAAGUUCUUGUUCCUUAUCUUAUGUUUCAUAUAAUUACACACCAUAUAUUAAUAAUAAUAAUAAUAAUAAUAAUAAUAUAAAUCUCUUGAAUUUGUACCGUAAAUCUGGAAUUAACAGAUACCCAAUUCAAGCUGCUCCAACUAAUGCUUCUUCUGAAGCUCAAAUUGAUGAAAAUUUGGAUGAUUCUACUUUGUCUCUUGAACCCCCUCGUCCAAUUCGGAGGCCUGCUGACUGGGAAGCAGCUAAGAAAUAUAAAGAAACUGGAUCUAUCUACGAGGGAAGAGUUGAAGGCUUCAAUAAUGGUGGCUUGCUAGUUCGUUUCUAUUCGCUUGUCGGAUUUCUUCCUUUUCCACAGUUGAGUCCAUCAUAUUCUAGUGAAGAACCAAAUAAGACGAUACAACAGAUUGCAAGAGGACUUAUUGGAUCUGUCAUCUACAUGAAGGUGAUUGAGGUAGAUGAAGGUAGCAAGAAAUUGAUAUUCUCUGAGAAGGAGGCCACCUGGUCAAAGUACUCUGAAAAAAUCAAAGAAGGGGAUAUCUUUGAGGCAAGAGUUGGUGUGGUUGAGGACUAUGGGGCCUUCCUUAAUCUGCGCUUUCCUGAUGGCAAAUACCAUCUUACUGGCUUAGUACAUGUUUCGGAAGUUUCAUGGGAUUAUGUUCAAGAUGUCAGGGAUGUAUUAAGAGUGGGUGAUGUUGUAAGAGUAAAAAUUGUCAACAUUGACAGGGAGAAAUCAAGGAUUACAUUAUCAAUUAGACAACUUGAGGAAGAUCCAUUGUUCGAGACCUUGGACAAAGUAAUUCCUCAGGACGGUACAAGUCCUGACUCUACAGGCACAAGUGAAAGCUUUGAUAUUCAGCCACUUCCAGGGCUUGAAGAAAUAUUUAAGGAGUUGCUAGAGGAAGAAGGUAUAAGUGAGGUCAGAAUCAGACGGCAAGGCUUUGAGAAACGGGUUGUUUCACAAGAUCUCCAGUUCUGGCUUUCUAAUGCACCAGCAAUUGACAACCAGUACAUCUUACUUGCUCGUGCUGGAAGACAGGUUCAGGAAAUACAGAUGACUACAUCUCUUGAUCAGGAAGGUAUCAAAAAAGCAUUACAGCGGGUUCUUGAACGUGUUCCAUGAUUUCAAAUGUUGACAAUUUCCUCGCUAUGUCUCUACCAGUGUACAGUACAGAUAUGAGCAACAAAUUUAAUAGUUUUUGCACCUAUAGAUCCUUCCCAAAUAUGUUACUCAGUGUAUUCAUUGAUCCUAUAUGGUUAAUUGGUAUAGGCGGUGUGCUAUGUCAUGCCAGAAAAUGAAGGAAAGCCAAAAGGGAGAAAGAGAGAUUGUAAUUCAUAUACUAUAACAUCAACAAAGUUUUUUUUUUUUUUUUUUUUUUAUUAAUUUUUUUUUUAUUUUGUUUUUUUUUUAUACUGUUAGCUUUCCAUGCAAAUCUUGUCUAAUUAUAAAAGGGCGUCUUUGGGAAGAAAAACCUAUAAAAUGAAAUGAUUUUGUCCGUCUUUAA